AUGGUCCAGUGGAAGUUUCCCGAACGACCCGUUCUUGCUGGGUACUCUGGUUCUGUCAUGACGCCCGACAAACCGGCAAAUACAUCUCAAAUCGGACCUUUCCUCGUCGAGGCGGCUACAUUGCUUGGUAUCACCGUCACUAUUCGUGCCCACGAUCUGCGACGAGGCGCCGCACAAGACAUAUCGAGACUGGGGCAUAUCAUCCCUUCUACAAGGGACGAGGGUCUAGCAAGGUCAUACCUUGGCCAUUUACAUCACUCGUUGGACCGAGAUGAGACGUCCAAGUAUGUAGGUGCCGAAGAACGCGACUUCUGGGCUCCCCGAGUAUAUAAUCAGCACAACGACCCAUUCACCACGCCUUUGAUGGACACACCUCCAGAUGAACUGGAGCCUAUUGCCAAGCGGAAGGUCCAGGCGACGCAGAUAGAUCGGGUUCAAGCCGCCCGAAAAGCACGAGCAGAGAUGCCCCGCGUGUUGUUCGAUGAGCGGACCGGCUCCUUGUCUCCAUUGCACCAAAGCGCCAUUGGCGAAUACGGCAACAGCGGUGGCCUCGACAACGACAGCGACGUCGACAGCGUUCUCGGCAAUGACGAGGACAUAACCUUUGCGGACAUCGUACCCCAAAUCGCCACUGGCGAUUUCGAUGUCAACGGCAUAUGUGAUGAGAACGAUAGCUCAAGCGAUAGCUUGUUCAGCGACGACGAACAAGAGAGCAGAGGAGCAAUAAGGUCCGCCGCUGAUCUAGCGAUACGACAUCGUGAUCUCAUUGCAACCGACCGGGUACCUGCAGGAGUACAGCCUGGACAGCCUACUAGGGAAGAAAUCAUCAAUAUGGCGCCAUUAAAACAUGUGGCUACAUUCUCGACUAUCAACACUGUCAACGAUCAUAGGAUUAUUACCCUGUCGGAUGUUGGAACCUCUCUACUGGCACCGAAUGGUAUCGGGAAGAACCCUGUCUCCCUUUACAUGCAUUACUGCAGGAAUAGAUCAGUAAACGGCUGUGACUUCGUGACCAAAGGGUGUCUAGACUUUCCUUGA